GCAUGCUUGCCUUCUUAUACUUGCUUGACUUUAUUCCCACUAAAGAAAAUUCUGCUUUAUUUCUGGCCUCCGCACCGAAGGUGCGCUCACUCCGUGAGAAACUGCAAAUGAGAGGAGACUAGUUUAGCUGUUGAUCCUCCUGAAUCUUGUGAUUGUUAAGAUGGAAGACUGUGAAAACUCUGUGUCUGAAGAGGUCAGCAAAAUCUCUGUGCCUGAAAAGACAGAGAGAAUUCUGCACGACGAUCACUCCCCUGAAAUUUGCGCCAUGACCGUCAACCUUGUCUUCGGCCGCAAUGAGCGUCUUCGGGAGCAGGUUAUUGAGCUGAUAGACAAAAACCAGGACCUCACCAAUGAGCGCCGCCAAUUGAAAAAGGAAAAGAUGGUUAUGGAGAUGUCCUGCAAGAAGAGCAAAGUGGAAAUGUCUGAAAUGCAGAAAAAACUUGAGGCUGCUCUAGAUGAUGCCAAAGGGCUGCGGAAACACUUGGAUGAUGCCAUCAAGAACAAGCUGGACGCCAGUGUCCUUGAAAUGGAAAUGCAGGCCGAGUUGGACGAAAUGAAGAGGCAGAGGAUGGAAAUGCAGAAAACGCUAGAGACCUCCACUCAGAUUCAGCAGGAGCUAAAAAUGCAGCUGGAAAAGGCGAAUGCCAGCAACGGCGCCCUGGCCGAUAGGAUUGUGACUUUGCAGACAGAAAACAGCGAGUUUGAAAAAGUUGUCGAAAACCUGAGAAGCCGCCUGAUUGAAACUACUGAAAAUUGCGAGAGGUUGAAUGAAAGGAUUUCCAUGAUUGAGCAUGAUGUGACAAAUAGGGAGGAAAACGUGAACAUAAAAGAACAAGAACUUCAGAAUUUGAACGAGUGGCUUCAGCAGCAAAAUAUAGAUCUUGAGGAGCAGAAAACAGCCAUGGGAUUGUGGGAGGAGGAAAAGCAAUUGAUCGAGCGUGAAAUGAAUCGUUUGCGAGAGUGCAACCGCAACAUGCGAUAUGAGCUGAGCCACCCAAAAAACAAACCAGAGCAAAGCAGCCUGAAGGCUGAGCUGAACCGCUACAAAGCUACGGAGGAGGAGCUUCGAAGGCAGCUUUUCAAGUCAAACACUGAACUUAUUGAGCUUCAGAAGGUUUUGAAGGCGCACAAUGUGACGGCCAACAAGAGGAAGACUUUGUAUCUGCCAACUGUUGCUUCCCUGAAGAAAACAUAGUCUGUAAAAAAUGAGAUGAGGAUGAUGAAAACUGAUUACCCUAUUUGUAGUUUAUAAGUUAAUGACUUUAUAAGUUAAGAGUUUAUAUUUAUUUUAAAGCCUUUCCAAAACAGAAUAAUUACAGAAAAUUUUUAAUAAACAAACAAGAAUACAUACAAGCAA